AUCGCGAGGUGUUACGUUGCUAAGAGACUGUUUUUGUUGGGGUAGCAUCAUUUGAAGCUACAAGCCUUCUGAUGUUUGCACGUAAGCUGUAAAUAUAAUCACGAACAAUGCCACCAAAAAGAAAAGCAUCCACCAAGUCAUCAAAGGGAAAAACCCCUACAGUAGUGGAUGGUGUGUCGACAGAGGAGAUGUCCAAAGAGCAGUUGGAGGAGCACAUUGUCCGUCUGCGAGAGGAGCUCGACAGAGAACGAGAGGAGCGCAACUAUUUUCAACUGGAGAGAGACAAAAUCCACACAUUUUGGGAAAUCACCAAAAGACAUUUGGAAGAGAAGAAGUGUGAGCUGAGGAACAGAGAUCGUGAGAUGGAGGAGGCUGAAGAGCGUCACCAAGUAGAAAUUAAGGUAUAUAAGCAGAAAGUGAAGCACCUCCUCUAUGAACAGCAGAACAGCCUGUCAGAGCUGAAAGCUGAAGGUGUUGUCAGCACUAAACUGUUGCAGAAGGAGCAUGCUGACCUCGAGACACAACUGCACAAGGAUCUGCACAGUUUAAAAGUGGAACUGAAGGAGCAGGAGCUGUCCAGUGAAAAUGUGCUCAAAAGCCUUCAACUGAAACAUGAUGAAGAAACGACUGAUCUGAGAAAUGAUUUUGCCAGACAAGUACGAGGUAAGAUCUUUUAUUUUUCAAAUAUUCUAGACAAGGUACUUUUUUCUGUAAACAGCAAUUAUUUAGAAAGAGCUGACUACUGA